AUGGAGAAUUUCAAGUCACUCACAUGUCCAAUAACAUUGGCAAGAUUCAUUGAACCUGUUAUUGGUUCUGAUUGUCAUACAUAUGAACGAAGUGCUAUUGUAGAAUGGCUUCAAAAACAUCAAACUAGUCCAAUGACUUGUCAACUAAUGUCAAUCGAUUCGUUAAGACCAAAUUUAGCUAUAAAGAAUCUCAUUGAUGAAAUUUCCGAAAUAACGAAAACACAUCAAAAUUCGAUACCUACAGAUAUUACUCCACAAAUAAUCUCUGAUCGACCUCCACCAAUACCACCACGCCAAUCAAGUAAAUCAAUCAAUUUAGAUUUUCGUUGA